UAGAGCAACAAGCGGCCUGGGCAGGGCUUGGCUUCCCUCCUCCCCUUCCCGUCGGUGCCGCCCCUACUCCUCCCCUCAGCCCGAGCCUGGUGGUGGUGGAGGCGGCCCGGCCGCGGUGUUUCCUUGCUCAGUGCCCACCCCUGGCUCACUCGGCGCAGGCUGCAGCUCCUCGCUUUGCUCGCUCGCUCGCUCUCUUCCUCCUCCUCCUCCUCCUCCUCCCCUUCUUCCUCCGGAGGAUGGUGCUGCCUGCGGAAGAGCGCGCCGCCGCCGGGGUCUACCGAGCACCCCCGGAAUUGGCGCGGGAGGCGCAUGUGCCCUCUUUGGAAAAGUACCGGGAGCUUUACCGCCGCUCCGUGGAGGAGCCGCAGGGUUCUGGGUAGCACAUGCCCAAGGUGGGCUGGCAGCUUUUCCCUGCCACGGUUUCGAGUCAAAGCUUUUGGCGUUUGGAAACACAGGCAUUAGCAUCAGAAUUUUGGGGUGAUAUUGCCAAAGAAUUUUACUGGAGGAGCCAACACACUGGACCAUUUUUGCAGUACAACUUUGAUGUCACGAAAGGGAAAAUUUUUAUAGAAUGGAUGAAAGGGGCUACAACUAACAUUUGCUACAAUCUGUUGGACAGAAAUGUCUAUGAGAAUAAACUUGGGGACAAAAUAGCUUUUUACUGGGAAGGAAAUGAACCAGGAGAUUCAAUGGAAAUCACAUAUAGCGAAUUGCUGAGCAAAGUCUGCCAGUUUGCCAAUGUUCUUCAGGAACAAGGUGUGAAGAAAGGAGACAGAGUUUCUAUCUAUAUGCCAAUGAUCAUUGAGCUGGUGGUAGCCAUGCUAGCCUGUGCCAGAAUUGGAGCACUUCAUUCCAUUGUGUUUGCAGGUUUUUCUGCAGAAUCCCUUUGUGAGAGGAUCCUUGAUUCCCACUGUUGUCUUCUCAUUACUGCAGAUGCCUUUUAUAGAGGGGAUAAGCUGAUUAACCUGAAGCAGAUAGCAGAUGAAGCCCUGCAGAAAUGUAAAGACAAGGGUGCUCCUCUGCAAAGGUGCAUUGUGGUCAAUCAUUUAGGAAGAGAAGAGCUGAUGUCAGAUGGGCCAAGCAGCAAGUCACCACCUCUUAAGAGACUCUGCCAGAGUGUGCAGCUCCAGGGAAAUAAGAGGGAUGUGUACUUCCUGGAAAAUUUCCAUAAGCUCAUUGGUCUCUUGAGUCAGGCCUGUGUGUUGAGACUUCUCCUAUUCAACUGCAUAUUUCCAACUCUGACAGAGUCAAAUGGCUCCUGUAUAAAGACUGUGUGUGAAAAAAAGACUGAGAGCCCAAAGAAAGUCCAUCCCAAGAUUCCUUGGGAUUCAGAAGUUGACCUUUGGUGGCAUGAUGUUAUGAAAAAUGCUAGUAAGGAGUGUGAGCCUGUCUGGUGUGAUGCAGAAGAUGAAUUGUUUAUUCUCUACACCAGUGGGUCAACUGGGAAACCCAAGGGUGUUGUGCAUACAAUAGGUGGUUAUAUGAUUUUCACUGCCACUACCUUUAAAUACGUUUUUGAUCACCAUCCUGAGGACAUUUACUGGUGCACAGCUGACAUUGGGUGGAUAACUGGCCACUCCUAUCUCACAUACGGACCUUUGGCAAAUGGGGCGACCAGUGUCCUAUUUGAAGGGCUCCCCAUUUACCCAGAUGUUGGCCGCAUGUGGAACAUCAUUGACAAGUACAAGGUGACCAAGUUCUACACAGCACCCACUGCUAUCCGUCUCCUCAUGAAGUAUGGAGAUGAGCCCGUCAGGAAGUAUAGCAGGAAGUCUCUGAAGGUGCUAGGAACAGUUGGGGAACCUAUAAACCCAGAAGCUUGGCUCUGGUACUAUAGAGUUGUUGGUGAAGAGAGAUGCCCUAUAGUGGAUACCUUCUGGCAGACAGAGACUGGUGGCCAUGUGCUGACUCCUCUCCCGGCUGCCAUUCCAAUGAAGCCAGGCUCCGCAACCUUUCCUUUCUUUGGGGUGGUUCCUGCGGUGCUGGAUGAGUCAGGGGAGGAGCUGGAAGGAGAAGCAGAAGGUUACUUGGUUUUUAAGCAGCCCUGGCCAGGAAUAAUGCGCACAGUAUACAAAAACCACCAGCGGUUUGAGACCACGUACUUCAAAAAGUUCCCUGGUUACUAUGUGACAGGAGAUGGCUGCAAGAGAGAUAAAGAUGGUUAUUACUGGAUCACCGGUCGAAUUGAUGACAUGCUGAAUGUUUCUGGGCACUUGCUGAGCACGGCAGAGGUUGAAUCGGCUCUGGUGGAGCACUCUGCCGUGGCGGAGGCAGCCGUGGUGAGCCACCCCCACCCUGUGAAAGGAGAGUGCCUCUACUGUUUUGUGACCCUCAGGGAUGGCCAUGAUUUCACAAAGAACUUGAUGGACGAGCUGAAGAAACAAGUUAGAGAAAAAAUUGGACCCAUUGCAACUCCAGAUUACAUUCAGAAUGCACCUGGCUUGCCCAAAACUCGCUCAGGUAAAAUCAUGCGGCGGGUAUUAAGGAAGAUUGCCAAAAAUGACCGGGAGCUGGGAGAUACCUCAACAGUGGCAGAUCCAGCUGUCAUAAGCCACCUUUUCAACAACAGGUGUGAGACGAUACUGUAGCAGGGCCAUCCAGAGAAAACGGCAGUCAUGCAGGGAUUUGUUGAGAAUAUGGCCCCAUCCAGACAAUGACUCUGUUCCUUGAGACGGAGAAGCUGCCCGAAGUUAAGCUGAAUGUAAAAUGCUGUAAAUGAAGAGAAGGAACUGGUGCUCCAAGAUCCAGUCCUCUUGUUGUGUUGUAGCUCUAGCUGUCUGUGCCUCUGGCAAACUUUGUGCAUUAUGUUGUAGAUGGAUACUGCGUAUCUAAAAUUCCAGCCUCAUUCACUUCAUACAGAACAACCUAACGUUUUGCUUUCCAGCAGUUUGUUUCAUGGAUUUUUGGUUUUUACUUUAAAAAAAACCAAAACCUUUUAUCCUGUUGCAGAGGUUAGAAUAUGCAGGUAUUGAUGUGAAAAGGUGAGUGUGCUCAUGGGCUGUAGUUACCAGCCUUCAAAUGGCAUUGAGAACUGACAGACUGAGCAGUAAUCCUUAUGCCGAAGCAGAAUUAUUGGAACAAAUUGAUCCAGCAUUUAUCAGAAACCCUGCAUAAUACUUUGGCUGCAUGUCACAGGCAACGGGAAGUUUUAAGGAAAGCUGUCUUAAAGAUGGGUGAAAUUUAUUUUUCCAACGUUAUCUCCACUGAAUCUUAGUCCAGAGUUGGUUGUUAGUGGCGGUGGCGAUAAUGUUCAUACAGAAAGGGAGUAUUGCUGCCUAGGUGUGUUUGUGUGAGUGUGUACAUGCAUGUAGCUAAAUUUCCCCAGAGCAUUCUUCUCUUUUGGAAGUGAAAGAAUUGCACAAAUGCAACUGAAAGUAAUAGCUGCACUAUCACAGAAGUGCAUUGGUGUAAUUCUGGCGUUUGCUCAACAGCACUGUGGUGCAUCUGCGUGCACAUGGUGCACAUCCUGCGCAGCAUCCCGCAUAGCGGCCUGCAUGUAUUGUGUGUCAGCCAGUGACACAGGGAUGAUUGUUACUUGCUUCUCCACAUGACCAGCUAUGGCCAAUGGUCCUAUGGAGAGAAAAAGGGGUAACUCCAUUAAAAAUGUAACUAACGGCCACAAUAAUUCUGACCAUGAUAGUGAUGACUGGAAAAAAGAGUGGCCAUAAUUGUGGAAAUUGCUUCCAGCUGCAUCUGUAUGUAGUCCUGUUUGUGCUUCCAUUUCUUUAUGUGAUCAUGGGCAUAUGUGUGACCAAAAAUGAGCUGCUGCGUUUAUGGAAAAGGGGUGGCUGGGGAAUAUCACUGUGAACUGGCAUGCAGAGGUGUCCUUUUCUCUUAGCUAGACAAAUAGAUCUAUAGUUCAUAACCCAUCAUAAGGUGCCAUGUAGGUUGUCACAACUUGAUUCUUUUAAGACAUUCAAUUCCUGAAGCGGCACAGGAAACACUUAUCAAAUCAAACGAGGGUGAGAUCUUCUGUAAGUAUAGAGGGAAAACCUUUGUGUACACUUCAUCCCACAACCCAAACACUAAUCAAUGCAAAUAGCAGGGACAGGCAUCUUGCUUCAAUAGAUCAAGUUUGUAGUCGCAGCACCUACUGAAGUGCUGGCCUGGAUGUUCUUCCUUCUGAUUUUUUCACAUUAGAAAUAAUUUCUGUAUUAUCUUUUACUACCAAACGUUUUAAAUGGGUGUUAAGUCUCAGUUGUGAUGGCUAUGUCAUGGUAGCUCCAAAUGUCUGCUUUGCCCAUCUGUUUGCAAUUUGGACUCGCUUAAAAUAAUGUCCCCAAACCAUGUCCUGGAUGAAUAUUAUUGAUGUUACCCUGACCUUGGCUUGUAGUUCUGCAUCUCUCAGUUGUUACCUGCAGUUAGCAUUCUCAAUGCACUUGUCUACAGUCUGCAACAUCAGUGUAUAUUUAACCCAGUAUCCCACAGCAUUACCGCUAGGCCAGUGGCUUGCUACAUGCUGUUAAUAGGAAGUGAAUCCUUUUUACUUUUAAUCUUGGUCUGACGAUUUUGGUUGAGAAAUGGCUAGAAUUGUUUUUAAUUGGAAUAAAUGAAAUAAAACCUGUAAACCAGUAA